AUGGAUGACGAUGAAGAUGACUUUGAUUCCUCACCGCUAUCAUCCUCGUACUCAUCACCAUCAUCGAGACGCAAAUUCUUAGAAUCAGCUGGUUGGUUGUCCGUGGUCUUUACGGGGAUGGGCUCGAUGGGAUCGGCAGAUGCACGCAAUUUACCAAUCUCCAAUGGUGCCGAUACCUCCCGGACUGGAACGGUCGAUACCUUGAAACCUAUUGUAUUGUUGCGGUAUUCCUUGUCCGAUCUAAAGCUGCAAUUGAAAAACAAACAAACCUUGGAUUUGGAAGGCAUGCCCACGACGGAAGAAGCCUUCAAACGACUCUUUGAUGCCUACUCGGAUCCAGUCUCGUACAAACAAAAGUUCCUCGAUCAGAAUGCCUUUUUGGUAUAUUAUACCAAAGGAUUUGAUGGACCGGGGCGGCCCAACAUUGAAGA